AUGGCUCUCUUCUUUUCUUCUAAAAACAACCCAGCAUUUCUCAUUCUCUUCUUUUUAUCAUCUCUUCUCUUUCUCACUACCCAACAAUGCAACCAUCAUCACUUCUCUGCUUUACUCCACCUCAAGCAUGGUUUUCACUUCUCUCGUUACAGCCUCUCUACUCUCCCCUCUUGGAAUUCAAACAAUACCGAUUGCUGCUCUUGGGAACGCAUCACGUGCGAUGGACCCACUGGUCACGUGAUCAGCCUCGACCUCAGUGAGCUCUUUAUCUCUGGUCGGAUUGAUUUUGAAAGCCUCUUUCGUCUUCGGAGCCUGCAGAAGCUCAACCUCGCUGACAAUUACUUCGAUCCCUCUCCAAUCCCAUCUGGGUUUGACCAGCUCACCAGUUUGACCCAUCUCAACCUCUCUCACCUAUCCUUUUACGGCCAAAUCCCACGGGAAAUCUCCCGCUUGACCACUUUGGUUUCUCUCGAUCUUUCUUCCAAUGAAUAUUGGAAUGGUUCCUCCGGUAAAUACCUGAAACUCGAAAACCCAAGCAUUGGAGCAGUCGUCCAAAACCUGUCCAAUCUGAGUGAACUCUAUCUGGACUGGCUCCAUUUCUUAUCUGAACUCGAUAUCAGUCGAAACAAUCUCUCAUCUGCAGUGCCCAAUUUCAUAGGCAACUUAUCCUCCUGGACAUCCCUGCUCCUUACAGAGUGUGGAUUGCAUGGAAAAUUCCCUGACAGUGUUUUCCAGCUGCCAAAUCUACAAAUCAUCGACAUAUCAGACAAUCCACUUGUAGCUAUCAAUUUGCCGGAGUUCCCUCAAAACAAUACUCUACAGCGAUUGAUCCUUUCAUACACUGGAUUAUCAGGAAAGUUACCAGAUUCUCUCGGUAAUCUCAAAUUCUUGACUGAUUUAGCCCUCAGCAAUUGCAACUUGUCAGGAUCAUUACCAUCCUCACUUUGGAACCUUACCAAACUGCAAUACUUGGAUCUUUCAUACAAUAGAUUGAGCGGCCCAAUUCCUUCUUCAUAUGGAAACGGGCUUCUGAAUCUCAAACAGAUCAGCUUAUGGAAUAAUUUGCUCAAUGGGACCAUUCCAUCAUCAUUGCUUUCACUUCCAUCAUUACAAGGGUUGUAUCUGGGAGGUAACCAACUUAGCGGUCAACUUGGCGAGUUCCACUCUUCUUCACAGCUGGAGAACCUCUAUUUGGAUAGCAAUAAAUUUCAGGGGAUGAUACCCAGAUUUAUCUUUCAACUUACCAACCUUCGAGAACUUUACCUUUCUUCCAAUGAUUUCAGUGGUGUUGUGGAGCUAGGCUUAUUUCAAAACCUCAAAAACCUUUACUCUUUGGAUCUUUCAGAUAACAACUUGUCAGUCCAAUAUGGCAGUGGUAAUUCCACAUUUGUUUCCAUCCCCCAGUUUCAAUCUUUGUUGUUACGUUCUUGCAACAUCAGCACACUUCCAAAUUUCUUGAGAAAUCAAGAGCAGUUGAGGCAAUUGGACCUUUCCAACAAUAAAAUUAGUGGUGAAAUACCCAAAUGGAUAUGGGAGGUUGGCAAUGGGUCUUUAAACUCUUUAAAUCUAUCUCACAAUGUUCUGCAGGGAAUAGUACCAUCUCCCCAUCUUUUGUUGAGUGACUUCAGUGUUCUGGACAUUAGCUCCAACAACCUAGAAGGCUCACUUCCUAUCCCACCACCUUCCAUCUUUUUUUUUUCAGUUUCAAACAAUAGCCUUGGUGGUGAAAUUCCUCGAUCAGUUUGCAAUGCAACAUACCUAACAGUCCUUGAUUUAUCUCACAAUCACUUCAUUGGUCAGAUUCCACCAUGUUUGGGUGAGAUUGGUGAUAGCCUCAGUGUGUUGAAUCUUCAAGGAAAUGCUUUCAAUGGCACCUUACUUCAGACAUUUAAAGAGGGAUGUAACAUAGAAAUGCUUGAUCUCAGUGGGAAUCAAUUAGAGGGUCAAGUGCCAAGGUCUUUGGUCAAUUGCAAAAUGUUAGAGGUAUUAAACCUUGCAAACAAUCAAAUACAUGACACCUUCCCUUUUUGGUCGGAAGCUUUAUCCCAGUUGCGUGUUUUCGUCUUGAGAUCCAACCAAUUUCAUGGCACAAUUGGGCAUCCUCUAACAAAUCAAGCUUUUCCUCUGUUACAAAUUUUCGACGUCUCUUUCAAUAGCUUUGAGGGUAAUUUGCCAUCAAAUAUGUUCAAGAGCUGGAAGGCAAUGAUGGAAGACGACAAAUCCCAAUCUUUGGUCCUUGGAAAAAUGAUAUACGGUAGAAGUUCCAUAUACUAUCAAAACAAAGUGUCUGUAGUGAGCAAAGGGCAAAUGAUCAUACACGGUAGAAGUUCCAUAUACUAUCAAAACAAAGUGUCUGUAGUGAGCAAAGGGCUAAUGAUGGAAGUGGUAAAGAUCCUUACUGCCUUCACUGUAGUGGAUCUCUCAAGGAACAAAUUUUAUGGGCAUAUCCCAGAAUCAAUUGGGGAUCUAAAGUCACUCCUUGUGCUUAAUAUGUCCAACAAUGAUUUAACAGGCGGAAUUCCAACAUCACUACAGAAUCUAAGGGAUCUAGAAUCAUUAGAUCUCUCACAUAAUAAAUUGUCUGAAGAGAUCCCUUGGCAGCUAACAGAGCUAACAUUCCUUGCAGUUUUGAAUCUCUCACAGAAUUUCCUCAUAGGCAAAAUACCACAAAGUCGGCAGUUUCUUACAUUUAAUAAUGAAUCAUUCAAAGGAAACUUAGGAUUGUGUGGACCUCCACUAGCAAACAAAUGCGAAGAUGCAAAGAGUGCACCAUCGCCCACUUUGUCAACAUUGCAAUCUGAAAGGAAAUAUGAUUGGGAAUUAAUGUGGUUAGGAUUUGGAGUUGGAUAUGGAGUAGGUGUAGGGAUGCUUUUCUGGACUCUAGCACUUUGGAGGAAGGGAAGAAGAGAAUUCUAUAUAUUUGUUGAUGGAAUGCUUUCUUUGAUUUUUCCUUCCAUGUUGUUUGUUGCAUUUACACCUUCUUGA